AUGUCGCUGGUGCUGGGUGUCACCCCAGGGUCGUGCCCUGCACUGGGCUACAUCGUCUCAGCAGGCAGCUCGCUGCGGAAGAUUUGCCUUCACUGCAAGUGCUCCCAGGAAGAGCACAUCGUAACAGUUAUGCCUCUGGAGAUGGAGAAGACCGUCACCAAGCUGAUGUUUGACUUCCAGAGGAAUUCAACUUCUGACGACGACUCAGGCUGCGCCUUGGAAGAGUACGCGUGGGUCCCCCCCGGCCUGAAGCCCGAGCAGGUCCGCUAUUGCAAUUCGUUGGAUGAGGAGGAGAAGAGGGAGCUCAAACUCUUCAGCAAUCAAAGGAAGAGGGAAAAUUUAGGGAGAGGCAACGUCCGGCCGUUCCCCGUAACCAUGACGGGAGCCAUCUGCGAGCAGUGCGGCGGCCAGAUCAACGGAGGGGACAUGGCCGUCUUCGCCUCGCGAGCUGGGCAUGGCGUUUGCUGGCACCCUCCCUGCUUCAUCUGCAGCGUCUGCAACGAGCUGCUGGUCGACCUGAUCUACUUCUACCAAGACGGGAAGAUCUACUGCGGCAGGCACCACGCCGAGUGCCUCAAGCCCCGCUGCGCGGCGUGCGACGAGAUCAUUUUUGCCGACGAAUGCACCGAGGCCGAAGGGCGACACUGGCACAUGAAGCACUUCUGCUGCUUUGAAUGCGAGACGGUGCUGGGGGGGCAGAGGUACAUCAUGAAGGAUGGCAGACCCUACUGCUGCGGCUGCUUCGAGUCCCUCUACGCCGAGUACUGCGACACCUGCGCCCAGCACAUCGGCAUCGACCAGGGCCAGAUGACGUAUGAUGGCCAGCACUGGCACGCCACCGAGACCUGCUUCUGCUGCGCGCAGUGCAAGAAGUCCCUGCUGGGACGGCCCUUCCUGCCCAAGCAGGGGCAGAUCUUCUGCUCCAGGGCCUGCAGCGUCGGUGAUGACCCCAACGGCUCCGACUCCUCCGACUCGGCUUUCCAGAGCGCGCGAGCCAAGGAGUCCCGCCGCAGCGCCAAGAUCGGCAAAAACAAGGGGAAGGGCGAGGAGGGGGCACGCAGCCCCUGCAACCAGCUGCAGGUCACCUCCAACCGCCUCUCCACCGACGUGGACCCGCUCUCGCUGCAGAUGGAUUUGCUGAGCCUGGCCAGCCAGACGCCGAGCCUCAACAGGGAGCACGUGUGGAGGAGCCGGGACGAGCUCUACCACUACGGGAGCAAAAUGGAGCAAAGUCAGUCGCAAAGCCCCCUGCAGCUUCUCAGCCAGUGCAACAUCAGGACCUCCUAUAACCCCGGUCAGGUCCCGGGCUCGCAGCCGGAUUUGUGGGCGAAACAUUUCAGCAACCCGAAGAGGAGCUCCUCGCUGGCGAUGAAGAGCCACGGUGGCAGCUUCGUCCAGGACUGCAGAGAGGACUACUACUCGGGGAGGCUUCGCUCGCAGGAGAGCUACAGCGACAUGUCCAACCAGAGCUUCCCCGAGACCAGAGGCAGUCUCAAGGUCCCCAAGUACGAAGAGGAGGAGGAAGGUGGGAUGCCGACGCCGCAGUGCCGCACCCGGCACCCCAUCAACACCCUCAAGUUCACGGAGGACCUGACGCCCACCGAGCAGACUCCCCGUGGCUCUAUGGAGUCCCUCGCGCUCUCCAACGCAACAGGCCUCUCCGCAGAUGGUGGAGCCAAGCGCCAGGAGCACCUUUCCAGGUUCUCGAUGCCUGACCUGAGCAAAGACUCGGGCAUGAACGUCUCGGAGAAGAUGAGCAACAUGGGGACGCUGAACUCCUCCGUGCAAUUUCGAAGCGCCGAGUCGGUCCGCAGCCUGCUGUCGGUGCAGCAGUACCAGGACAUGGAGCCGAACCUGCACGACCUCGCCAGCCCCCUCGGGUACCGCGAGCGGCCGUCGCACGGGCGGAUGCACCAGAGCUUCGACUACGGCAGCGGGGUGCCCGUGGGCAAGCUGGGGGUGCAGGAGGGCUCGAGGCAUGCCCCCAUGAGCGAGCGCACGCGCCGGCGAACUAACCUCCGGGAUGAUGACCGGCAUUACCGCCCGCACCGGCCCCGGCGGUCUCGGCGUUCCCGGUCGGAUAACGCCCUGCACCUCACCAGCGAGCAGUGCUGCCGGCUGAAGGAGAGACCCUCGCUGCGAGCCAGGGAAGACUACGACCAGUUCAUGCACCAGAGGAGCUGCAGGGAGACGGUGGAGCAGGGUCCCCGCAGGGAUGCCUACGGCCACUGUCCCCGGACGGUGUCGGAUCUCGCCUUGCAGAACCACUUGGGCGAGAGGUGGGGGCCCUACUUCGCCGAAUACGACUGGUGCUCCACCUGCUCCUCCUCUUCGGAGUCCGACAACGACGGCUAUUUCCUCGGGGAGCCGAUUCCCCAGCCCGCCCGCCUGCGGUACGUGACCAGCGAGGAGCUCCUGCACAAGUACAGCUCGUACAGCAUGCCCAAGUCUUCCACGCUGGGUGGCAGGGGACAGUUGCACAGCCGGAAAAGACAGAAGAGCAAAAACUGUAUCAUAUCCUAA